AUGAUUCUGUGGUCACUUUUGAAUCCACAAUAUACAUAUGCAAUGUUCUAUAGAAUUGGCUUGAAAUUUAUCGAGUUUUACAUUUUAUGGUCGACGUAUGCAUCAGUGAAGAUAUUUGAGGGAUUGAGGAAGAAGAAACCAUCAAAAUUAUCGUAUUUCCAGUACGAUUGCAUUCUAUCGGCACUUACAGAUUUUAUAGCACUUUCAAUAUUCAUUCAUCAAUAUUUAUUUUAUCGAAAAGGGUUGGAAUUCAUUGUGGUUUAUGGAUGCUUACUUCUCAUAAAUUUAACAUUUCUUGCGUCAAUAAAAGUCAUCAGCUCACAUCUUCAACAACAUUUGAAUGCUCAGCACAAUUUACAUGACAUUAUGUUGAAUCAGACUGAAUGUAAUGCAUCGGAAUCAUUUGAUAAUUGGAUACGAAAGAUUGAUAAGCCAACUGAAUCCAAUUAUACAUUUCAAGUUGUAAUUGACGAGAUCAAUUCAAUUUAUAGCUGA